CUGAAUUGUUAUUAACAAAGUAACAGAGAGGGUGAAUUUAGUUUUACAACAGUUACAAAAAAGUUAUAAAAGCAAAGGAAUGCUUAUAUUUUUCUGAAACUUGUUUCUAAGACAAUAAUUUCAAAUGAGAAAACCAAUGUCUUCUUCAUCCAUUGAUCAUACCUUAUUGUUACUUCUCCUUUGCUUUCUGCUCCAAAAACCCACCCAAGCAAGCAAAAAAUCCUACAUUGUGUACUUAGGACCACAAUCUUAUGGGACAGGUCUUACAGCUCUUGAUAUUGAAUCUGUGACAAACUCUCAUUAUAAUUUGCUUGGAUCAUACGUUGGAAGCACUGACAAGGCCAAAGAAGCAAUCUUUUAUUCUUAUAGUAAAUAUUUUAAUGGAUUCGCCGCAGUGCUUGAUGAAGAUGAAGCUGCAAUGGUUGCAAAGCAUCCAAAUGUGGCAUCAAUUUUCUUAAACAAACCACGAAAACUUCACACAACUCACUCAUGGGAUUUCCUCGGAUUAGAAAGAAACGGUGUUAUUCCAAAGGGUUCAUUGUGGAGCAAAUCCAAAGGAGAAGAUAUCAUUAUUGGGAAUUUAGACACUGGUGUUUGGCCUGAAUCAAAGAGCUUUAGCGAUGAAGGAGUGGGUCCAGUUCCAACCAGAUGGCGUGGAAUUUGCGAUGUUGACAUAGAUAAUACUGAUAAAUUUAAAUGCAACAGGAAGCUAAUUGGAGCAAGAUAUUUUUACAAAGGCUAUUUGGCAGAUGCUGGUAAAUCCACAAAUGUAACAUUCCAUAGUGCACGCGACUUUGAUGGUCAUGGUUCACAUACUUUAUCAACCGCGGGAGGAAAUUUUGUUGCAAAUGCAAGUGUAUUUGGCAAUGGCCUAGGAACAGCAAGUGGUGGAUCACCUAACGCACGAGUUGCGGCCUAUAAGGUAUGUUGGCCACCGCUUGCUGUGGGCGGUGGAUGCUAUGAAGCAGACAUUUUGGCUGGUUUCGAAGCUGCCAUACUUGACGGUGUUGAUGUGAUUUCGGCGUCUGUGGGUGGUGAUCCCGUAGAAUUUUAUGAAAGCAGUAUUGCUAUAGGGUCUUUCCAUGCAGUUGCUAAUGGCAUUGUUGUAGUUAGUUCUGCUGGAAAUACAGGACCUAAACCCAAAACUGCAUCCAACUUGGAACCGUGGUCGAUCACAGUUGCUGCAAGUACAACGGAUAGAGAAUUCACUAGUUAUGUUACUCUUGGUAACAAGAAAAUACUCAAGGGAGCUAGCCUUUCAGAGUCCCACUUGCCACCUCAUAAGUUCUACCCAUUAAUAAGUGCAGUUGAUGCCAAAGCUGAUCGUGCAUCUUCAGAUGAUGCCCUUCUUUGCAAGAAAGGAACUCUGGAUUCAAAAAAGGCUAAAGGAAAAAUAGUUGUUUGUCUUCGAGGCGACAAUGAUAGAACUGACAAGGGUGUGCAAGCUGCUAGGGCAGGUGCUGUUGGAAUGAUUUUGGCUAAUAACAUUGAAUCAGGGAAUGAUGUUCUUUCUGAUCCUCAUGUGCUUCCUGCUUCACACCUUGGCUAUGAUGAUGGAAGCUACAUUUUUAGUUACCUCAACAACACCAAGUCUCCUAAGGCUUCAAUUUCUAAAGUGGAAACAAAAUUAGGGCAAAGUCCAUCUCCAAUUAUGGCUUCAUUUUCAUCAAGAGGACCUAAUAUCAUUGACCCAUCAAUCCUCAAGCCCGACAUCACAGGACCGGGAGUCGACAUAGUCGCUGCUUAUAGUGAAGCUGCUUCUCCCUCUCAACAAAAAUCUGAUAAACGCAGAUCUCCUUUCAUUACUUUGUCGGGAACUUCAAUGUCAACCCCUCAUGUUUCUGGCAUUGUUGGUAUAAUCAAAUCUCUUCAUCCUGAUUGGAGUCCAGCUGCUAUUAAGUCCGCGAUCAUGACCACAGCGAGAAUAAAAGAUAAUACAGGAAAGCCUAUAUUGGAUUCAACACGCAUAAACGCAAAUCCAUUUGCAUAUGGUGCGGGGCAAGUCCAACCUAAUCAUGCCGUGGACCCUGGACUUGUUUAUGACCUAAAUAUCACCGACUAUACGAACUAUUUGUGCAACCGUGGCUACAAAGGUUCUCGCCUUACUAUAUUCUACGGCAAGCGAUAUAUUUGUCCAAAAUCUUUCAAUUUAUUAGAUUUCAAUUAUCCUUCAAUCUCAAUUCCCAACUUGAAGAUUAGAGAUUUUCUAAAUGUUACUCGUACUCUCACCAACGUUGGGUCUCCAAGCACAUAUAAAGUUCACAUUCAAGCACCUCAUGAAGUUUUAGUCUCCGUAGAGCCUAAGGUACUAAACUUCAAGGAAAAGGGUGAAAAGAAAGAGUUUAGAGUGACUUUCAGUUUGAAGACUCUAACUAAUAAUAGUACUGAUUAUUUAUUUGGGAGUUUGGAUUGGUCCGAUUGCAAGCAUCAUGUCAGGAGUUCUAUUGUAAUUAAGCUACAAAACUGAGGUUUCCUUCUUAUUUUCCUGGCAGUUUUGAGAUGUGCAAGCUCUUUGAAACUUGAUAAAUUGAUGAUUAAAUCAAUAUCAAUAUAAAUGUUCGUUCGGCUUACAUGUUUGUGGUUGAAAUACUCUUGUAAAUGCAUCAUACUGCCUAUUCAAAUGGGAAAAAGAAAAAUGAAAUU